UCCAACAUUAAACAUAUUUCUUUUCGAAGCAACUUCUUCAUUCAGUGCAGUCAAUGCAACGAGUUGUCGACGGUAAUUUUCCUGCAUUUAUUAGGAAUAAUUAGAAGAGUUUUAUUUUUGCACAGUCUUCCCUUUCGUUUUUAUUCUGGGAUUUACGAGAGGUACGUGAACUAUACAGUCCUCUUCAAGCACAACCGGGUGAAAGGAAACGAGCGUAAUCGGCAUACAAGGAGUGAUUUUUAAUGCCAUUUUAACGACUUUAUUAAUAUAUUAUGAACGAGUCGGGGACGCUAGUGUGUUAUUUUAAAGUAAACUGGUGAGUUUUUCGACCUGCCUGUUGAUUUUUUUUGUUUCUUCCCCCCCCCCACCCCCCCGUGUUAAAAGUGUGCGUUGGUUAAAAAUGCCCGCCGAGGUGAAGCAAAGGAAGAAAAAGCAGAGCGACGAAGUCGCCACAGAUUCUGCAAAUAAACGAGACGAAGACGCAAAAGUGAAGCGCGAACAUGUCAGCACACUUGGAAGCACGUCGAGUUUAUUGGACCUUAAAUGCAUCAUGUGUGUCCUGUCGCUUGCCAUGUGUGCAGCACUGAGCUGGAUGGUGCUGCAACAAAAUGCGAGGUUCUCCCAAAUGGAGGAAAAAUUCACACUGUUGUAUGGAAAGACCUCAAGUGUGUCUUUAAUGGAGGAGCAAGUCGAGAGGGUUCGAAAAAAACUCGCCGCCUCCGAGGACGACCUCCGGGCGGCGCGCUCCGCCGUCUCCUCGGCGAGCGGACUCCGUCGGGACGUAGCUGCGCUGCACCUUGCCAUGGGGACGCUGCAAGGGGAGGACAGUUCGGCGUCGGGCGACCUGCAGGGGGUCAACGUGCGCUUCCUCGACGUGACGAAGACGUGGCAGGAGCGCCUCGCCGGCGCCGCCGCCGAGCUGGCCUCCCUCAAGGCCGAGUCCCGGGAAGCCCACGCCGGCGUCGCGGAGCGGGUGAACGAGGCCGAGCGGAGGGCCCGGUCGCUGGCGCAGAAACUGGAGGAGCUGGAGGACAGCACCGGAAGGAACGCCCGAGCCGUGGAGCGCGCCGAGGAGGACGACGCCAAGCGGGUGCAAGCGCAGCUGGACUGGAACACCCGGCAGAUCCACAAAAUGGACGAGAACGUCAACAGGCUGGCGCGCCAGGAGGCGGAGCUUAGCGCUCAGCUGCGGGACCACCUGCCGCGGGCGAAGGAGUGCGAGGAGCAGCUCCCCCGCGUGGAGGAGGCGCUGCGCUCCAUCGUGAAGCUGGGCGCCGACCUGAGCGGCGCCGAGAGUCGCCUGGAGGAGGUCACGCUGCAGGUGUUCUCGGCCGAGGACAACAUGCUCAAGACCCUCAACCUGGUCGUCGGCAUGCGCCAGGAGAUGGACGCCCUGCAGGCGCGGGGCGCCGUUCUCAAGAUGAAGAGCGAGCUGGCGGUGGUGCGGGAGGCCGUGCACGAACUCACCAGGGUGCUCAGGGGGGGGCAGGCAAAUGAAGAGGAGGAGGAGGAGGAGCCGGACGAAGAGUGGGAAGAGCCGGCCGGAGCUCCUCGAAAUGACGUCGCGCGAUGAUGUCACUGCAGGGUCUCUCUUUUCAUAGUUUUGGACUUAUCUUCUGAUUUCAUAGGGAAAACAUGGACAAGCUGCUUUUUUUGUCUUUUUUUGUUUUUAAACUAUUUUAUUCUGUGUUAACUUAAAUUUUCCACCCAUUUUAUUUGUCCUCAUUCGUGUGGUGGGAGAGCUGGACUGCUCGCCUGUCAAUUUUAUUGAGGAUUUACCAAUAAAUUAUAAUAAUAAUAA